UUAGCAGUUUAUAUUUACUACAAUAAUUACAUUUCCAUCUCGUGUGUACUGUUAGGGGACUGAAUAUAGUGAAUGCAGGGUCUGGGAAGACCAGAUAUAGUGGAUGCAGGGUCCGGGGAGACCAGAUAUAGUGAAUGCAGGGUCCAGGGAGACCAGAUAUAGUGAAUGCAGGGGUCCGGGGAGACCAGAUAUAGUGAAUGCAGGGUCCUGGGAGACCAGAUAUAGUGGAUGCAGGGUCCUGGGAGACCAGAUAUAGUGAAUGCAGGGUCUGGGAAGACCAGAUAUAGUGGAUGCAGGGUCCGGGGAGACCAGAUAUAGUGAAUGCAGGGUCCGG